ACAGACUGAGAAAAGGCUAUUAUUAAAAGCUAAAUGGGAACCAAUGUUUUAUCGUCAUUCAGUUGCGUCGGACAUUAUUCUGUGAAACACUGAAGGCGGCUUGCUUGUGUUUUAGAAGAUGGCUGUUACACUGCACACAGAUCUUGGGGAUUUCAAAAUAGAGUUGUUUUGUGAGAAGGCCCCGAAGAGCUGUGAAAAUUUCAUUGCACUGUGCGCUGGUGGCUUCUACAAUGGAUGUAUCUUUCAUCGAAACAUAAAGGGCUUUAUGGUCCAGACCGGAGACCCAACAGGUACAGGCAAAGGAGGGACCAGUAUUUGGGGAAGAAAGUUUGAAGAUGAAUUCAGUGAACAUCUGAAACACAAUGUCCGGGGUGUGGUGGCCAUGGCCAAUAAUGGACCAAACACAAAUGCAUCACAGUUCUUCUUCACAUAUGCAAAACAGCCUCACCUGGACAUGAAGUACACGGUUUUUGGAAAAAUUAUAGAUGGACUAGAAACUCUGGAUGAACUAGAGAAAGUCCCUGUGAAUGAAAAGACUUUCCGUCCUCUUAAUGAUGUCCGUAUUAAGGAUAUUACUAUCCAUGCCAACCCAUUUGCUGGUUGAUUGAUUUGAUUGUGAAACAUUCAUAAUGGCCUGGUUUGUAAAUAUAAUUUUUUUUUUAAAUUUCAUGCCGUUUCAUAAAUUUGUGCACUGACUUGCCUCUAUUUUCCAUUUAAUCUUUUACAUUGGGUUUUAAAUGUAUAUUUUAAUAAUAAUAAAAAAGCUAUUGUACUUUUCACUAUAUAUUUUCUCUAAACUGGUAUAAUUUC